AAAUCAUAAUAGCUCAUUCAUUUGAAGCUAUGCUACUAAAAUGAAAUAAGAAAUUAUGAAUACCCUAAUUUAACACAAUAUAAAAUAAAUACUAUAAAAAUUGUACAAAUUUCUCUAAAUUAUAUAACAAUAAUAAUAAUAAUUGUAUUUGAAUUCAAUUAAAAUUAUUAUUAUUAUUAUUAUUACAAUAUGGGUGAACGUAAAGCUGUAAUUAAAAAUGCUGAUAUGAGUAAUGAAAUGCAAGAGGAUGCAAUACAUAUAGCUGCUGGUGCAUUAGAUAAACAUGAUUUAGAAAAAGAUAUAGCUGCUAAUAUUAAAAAAGAAUUUGAUCGUAAAUAUAAUCCUACAUGGCAUUGUAUUGUUGGACGAAAUUUUGGAAGUUAUGUAACACAUGAAACACAUAAUUUUAUAUAUUUCUAUUUGGAUGAUCGAGCAUUCCUUCUAUUUAAAUCUGGAUAAAAGAAUAACUUCUAAAAGAACUUAUGAAGAUAAUUAUAUUGAACAAUAAAAAUUUAUGGAUCUAUUCAAUGUACUUGACUUUUCGUAUAUUUGUCUUCAUUGAUUGCAUUAUAUUAUGUUGGUAAUUGAAAAGAAAAGGAAUAUAUCAUUAUUGUUUUAAUAUAUUGAGUGUUUUUAUUUCUUGGCUAUUUAUUUCACAUAUUAAAACUUAUUUUGAUGGUAAUUAUUAUAUUUCAAUGAUUAGUGUAUGUACAAUUUUUAACACUUAAGAAAUGAUAUGUUGUUCCAGAUGGAACUGAUAAGAAACAUACAAACCGAACGAUAGAGAAUAUUUGGGAGAAUAACACUGUAUCUUGACACUUGUUUUAGUUAUUUGAAUCUAGACCACUAUGAAAAACCUGGAACUACUGAAUGACCACUUUGUCUUAGCAUGAGAAUCUUUAGCAGUGAGAAUUCACGAUCAGGCCUCGCGAGAUUUGAACUCAGAACCUAUCAGUCUCGUGCACGAACCCAACCUUUAGACCACUGAGUUGGCAUCCAACAGUGUUUGACCCAAAGAGUUAUUCAAGAAGUGAUUACUUUGUUUGUUACGAAGUAUUGGGAUGGAGAAAGAACACUAACAUUCAUAGGUUGUCAUAAAAAAGAAUUAUUUGCCGAUUAUAAAUAAAAUGAAAAUGUGCAAAGUAAUUGUAUGGUACAAAAAUAUCCUCGAUAGACCAUUCGAUUUAGAUAUAUAGAUAUGAUGACAUUAUAAUGACUCACAAUGUUGAAAGAAAGUUGGAAUGAUG